GAAUAAAAUAAUAAUAAUAAUGAAAAUAAAAGCGAUUGUGUGGCAGCUGUAGCGCAGUAAAGAGUGUCUGUGCGACAUCGCCCUGUUUUUUUCAACCAACAUCUACGCCAUUGUCUACUGCCUCAGCCAGCUGCCCAGCUAUUAUUUGCUGCCUCUAAGUCCCCCAAUGCCUUGCUACUUCUGGCAAAUUCAACAUUUUUUCAUUUAUUUAUGUUAUUUGUUGUAAAGUGAAUUGUUAAUUUUUUGUUAACUAAAUUUUCCUUUUCUUGUUCUGUUUGCCUAUUAUUUUAAGUGUUCGUAGAGGCCGAGAAGUGCUUGAUGAAUAUGUGCGCAUCCAAGUGGCACAUUUAGAAUGAAGAAAUCAAAAUAUUCAAAACGGUUUAAGAAAAUUCCACAUUUUUAGUAAAAAAAAAUUGCAUACGUGUUUAGUGAGAUGUGCUUUCCUUAUUAUUAACUUUCUACUCUUCUGCCUCAACGUCGACACAUCGCUGCUGCGUCGACUCCUUAUAAAGCAUAACUCCGACUUCGUGGAGCCAGCGGUGCGCGAAGCUAAAUUUCAAAAUCCGCAAAGUUGUCUUAGCUAUGUUUGUUUUCUUCAGAUUUUGACAAGUAUUAUAUACAAGUUUAUAAACAAAAUUGUCGAAAACUUAUAUUGGAACGCGAGAGAUUGUUUUAAAAUGUUCCAAAAACCCAAUACCUACCCAACACAAAUAUUCACGAAUUAAUCAAAAAAAAACUAAGCAAAGUGUAAAAUUAUAUUUUCGGAAACAAAAACGUUCGGUCUCAUCAUUAAGUUAGUCGGCUAGUGGACCAACAAAACGUCCGUGUGCAUGCAAUUGAAGCGAAACCAAGUUACUUUAUUUCUUUGUAAGCUCCUGAACGCCAACACGAAUGUCGAGCAGGUGGUGGACAUGUUAAUACAAAUACACGCAACUGAGACCAUAUACACUUAGCUUUUCAUUGCCGAUCACAACAAUCGAGUUCUCAAAUUGUUGUAGCGACGCGGCGGUUUCGCUAUUUUAGUUGAAUGCCGGAACGCUGUUGUUUUGAGUGUAAAAUAUUCGGACAAAGACAAUAAUUUUGCCUUUUUGUUUGCUUUUUGCGAUACAUUUAACUCUCCUCACUGCGAUGAGUGAUGGUUGGUAUGUUGACAGAUACAUUUUGAGAACCAAAGAAAAAGUUAAUCAUAUGUGUUUUGAAAAAUUAAAAUUUUAGCUAAAAGGCAGUAAAAUUAAAUUUAAUGAAAAACUCUAACAAAAGUAAGUUACACACUGUGCGGGAAUUUCACGAAGUUCUGUAAACUUGAAUUCAGUGCUCAAAUUGCUCCAUAGCUUGGAGUCCUCAAGUUAGCGGCAAUAUUAAUUACAAAGGCAACAAUAUGGCGCACGCCCACCAUAACGCUGCCAAUCUGCUUAGCUCGGACAUUUCGCGACGAAAUCCACAGGAUGAAUACGAACUGAUACAGAAGAUCGGAUCCGGAACUUAUGGCGAUGUAUAUAAGGCGAAGCGCAUCCAAAGCAACGAAUUGGCCGCUAUUAAAGUCAUCAAACUCGAGCCCACCGAUGACAUACAGAUCAUUCAACAGGAAAUCAUUAUGAUGCGCGAUUGUCGACAUAAAAAUAUAAUCACAUAUUACGGUUCGUAUCUGCGACGCGACAAGUUGUGGAUUUGUAUGGAGUACUGUGGUGGUGGCAGUCUGCAGGAUAUUUACCAAGUGACGGGGCCACUCUCUGAACAACAAAUUGCCUACAUGUGCCGUGAAACACUGAAAGGACUCGAGUACCUGCAUACGAUGGGUAAAAUGCAUCGGGACAUCAAAGGCGCAAACAUUCUGCUCACGGAGAUGGGUGAUGUGAAAUUGGCCGAUUUCGGUGUAUCCGCACAGAUAACCGCCACAAUUAACAAGAGAAAGAGCUUUAUCGGCACACCGUACUGGAUGGCGCCGGAGGUGGCUGCCGUGGAGCGCAAGGGGGGCUACAACCAAUUAUGUGAUAUAUGGGCGGUUGGCAUAACGGCAAUUGAACUCGCCGAACUGCAGCCGCCAAUGUUCGAUUUACAUCCGAUGCGUGCGUUGUUUCUGAUGUCGAAAAGUGGUUUCAAACCGCCCACACUGAGCAACAAGGAGAAAUGGAGUCCCACAUUUCAUAAUUUCGUCAAGACGGCGCUAACGAAGAAUCCUAAGAAACGUCCCACCGCCGAGUGUCUGCUGAGGCAUCCGUUCGUGCAGGGCGAGAUGUCGGUGCGUGUGGCGAAGGAGUUGCUGCAAAAGUUCUUAAGUCCAAAUCAACAAUUCUACUACUAUUUGGAUGGGGAGGAGGAGACCGUCGCCAGCGUACCACAACGAAUAGCAAGUAAAAUGACAUCAAGACCAAAUGGUAUUUCACCGCAAAAUCACACUUUGAAAACAGACAUGAUGACGAACUCACAGUGGAAUGAUCGCUCAUCUAGUCCCGAAACUUUACCCAGCGACAUGAGCCUCUUACAGUAUAUUGAUGAGGAGUUAAAGCUAAGAGCCACUCUGCCAUUAACCGACACCAAAGAUCUGCUUAGCACUGAAUGUCACUGCGCGCACAACGGCAGCAACGAGAAUGGCAACAGCAAAGAGAACGGUGGUGGCGGUGGCGCCAACGAUGCCAAAAUGCCAUCGGCCUCUGAGAUGAGCAGCACCUCGGCUUCAACGUCCACCAGCGCUGUUAACGGCAGCGACGUCGGCGAUUUGCUCUCCGGCUCGAGCCCAGGCGGUUUGGCGCAUUCGAUGUCCGCCUACUUGGGUCUGAACUUUGGCUUCUCCAAUAUGCGCACCACCUCGGUCGAUGCUGUGGGCUCUAGUUCUAACCACGAUAAUAGCGCGCGACAGCAGGCAACACAUGUACAGUCGCAACAUCACCACCAGCAGCAGCAGUCUCAUUAUCACCAUCGUCAUCAUCAUUACUUACACCACACCAACAACAGCAACAGUAACAGUAACAGUGGCGGGGGCAGCAGCAAUCACUCGCGUUCGACCAGCGUCAUCGGGCUUUCGGCGUCAUCAUCCAACAGCAAUAGCUCUUACGAAACGACAUCCAAACUCAAUGGCCAAUCGCAAUAUACAUCGUUGUCCUCGUCCUUUUACAAUCCGCUGGAUAAUUUCAGUUGCGACAGCGGCGGCGGUGGCGGUGGCGGUGGAGGCGUUGGCUUCGGCUUGAGUGGUGGUGAUAAAAGUAUUAGUGGUAGUACCAAUGGUGGUGGUGGCGGGGUCGGUAGUGGUGUUGGUGUUGGUGUGUUAGGUGUUGGUAGGAGUGGCAUAGGUAGUGUUGGUGGUGCUGGUGGUUUUGGUGGUGUUGGUGUCGCUGGCGAUGUUGGCGCCUCCCCAUCGCCUUCGUCAUCCACGUCCGCGUCCACGUCCACAACCGCGUUUGCUCGCGAUGUGCUUUUGCAUUCCUCUGCUUCCACGUCACAUCUAUUCUCUCAUUUUCUUCGUAAUAAUGGCGCCAAUUAUUUUAAUAGCAACACUUCAGUCACCGAUUCGACAACAGCAACAACAGCAAUUGGUGUAGCUUCUGCUGCAACUUCCUCCACAACAGUAACGAGCAACACAUCGAACGCCGUAGCAGCGGGAGGUUCAGCUUCAGCCUCGGGAGAGUGCACGCCCACAUCAGGCCAACCGUUGGAUGGCAAUAUCGACAACAAUUGUGAUUAUAGACACGAGAGUAAUCAGAAUGGUUUGGAAGAUUCACCACGCCGUCACAGCUCAAUGGACCAACUGAUUGGCCUGCUCAAUGACAUGGGCAAAUCUUCAAGGACACGCAGCCUCAGCGAUGGCGGUACACAGGAGGACGAAGUGGAAAAAGAAGCGCAACCGGAUCUGCUUAACAAUACGCCACCCGUGCCUCCGAAGCGAUCUCAUCGUCGUCGCCACACCCCGCCACGCCCCAUCUCCAAUGGUUUACCGCCCACGCCCAAGGUGCACAUGGGCGCAUGUUUUUCAAAGAUCUUCAACGGCUGUCCACUACGCAUACACUGCACGGCCUCGUGGAUCCAUCCCGAGACGCGCGACCAGCACUUACUCAUUGGCGCCGACGAGGGUAUUUUCAAUCUAAAUAUGAACGAGCUGCACGAUGCCGUCAUUGAUCAACUGUUCCCUCGUCGCACCACCUGGCUGUAUGUGAUCAAGGAUGUGCUCAUGAGCCUUUCAGGCAAAUCGUGUCAGCUGUACCGACACGAUCUGAUCGCCCUGCAUUCCAAACAGACACACCGCUUCUCGCUGCACAUGAACAAAAUACCUGAAAGACUGGUGCCACGCAAAUUCGCGCUCACCACCAAAGUUCCCGACACCAAAGGCUGCACCCAGUGCUGCGUCACACGCAACCCCUACAAUGGCUACAAGUACUUGUGCGGCGCCACGCCCAGCGGCAUAUUUCUCAUGCAGUGGUACGAUCCGCUGAAUAAAUUCAUGCUGCUCAAGCAAUGCGAGUGGCCGGCCACGAGCAUACUGGGCGGUGGGCACGGCUGUGUGUUGAAUGGUCACACGCCCGUCUUUGAGAUGAUCAUUACGCCGGAGCUGGAGUAUCCGAUUGUGUGUACGGGCGUGCGAAAGGCGUUGAAUGGUUGCCUCAAACUCGAACUGAUCAAUAUGAACAGUGCCAGCUGGUUCCAUGCAGAUGAUUUGGAUUUUGAUGCAAUGGCUACAAUGGUGCCGCGACGCGAUCUCUUGAAGGUGGUGAAAGUCCAUCAAGUCGAAAAGGAUGCGAUACUAGUCUGCUAUGGCAACAUCAUUCAAGUUGUUACGCUGCAGGGUAACCCGAAGCAACACAAAAAGAUGGUCUCGCAGCUCAAUUUCGAUUUCAAUGUGGAUAGCAUAGUCUGUCUACCCGAUAGUGUAUUAGCAUUCCAUAAGCACGGCAUGCAGGGCAAGUCGUUGCGCAACGGCGAAAUAACACAAGAGAUAAAGGAUAUGAGUCGCACAUACAGACUGCUCGGCUGUGAUAAAGUCGUUGCUUUGGAGAGUCAAUUGCUGCGCACCGGCUCGCUGGGCAGCGAAGAGGGACAUGAUCUUUACAUUCUAGCCGGCCAUGAGGCAAGCUAUUAAUUUCUACUAAGUAAUUACUAAUUAAUUGUAGUUGUAAAUGAAAAUCAAUGCAAAUAACUACUAUGUAAAGCAAGUGAAAAAAAUGAACAAAUUGACUUAUAUACACACAUAUACGAGUACAUAUGGAAAAGUAAAAAAGAAAAUUUGAAAAAAAUGUAAUAAAAUGUAAAAAAAGAAACAAAAAUACAAUGAGGAUGUAAAGCUAAUGUUUAGGAAAACAUGAAAAAACGUAAUUGUACGAUAGCAGUAAAUUUUGAACGGUAUUCUUACUAAUUUUUGGUAUACAAAGAAA